AUGAUAUAUGAUAAGUCCCUAGCCGAAUUCAAAGAUACUGAAAGGAAAGAAAGGGUAUGGAAGCAAAUUGGUGAUAAAGCUAAUUUAACAGUUGGACUUGCGAAGACGAAGUGGAAGAGUGUCCGCGACGCUAUUAGGAAAUAUUUAGAUGCCAUUCCCAUACCGAAAAGUGGUCAGGGCAGGACGAAACCCAAGAAGGAAUACAAGUAUGCAAAGAUGUUGGAGUUCCUGAGGCCACAUAUGGAGAACCGCAAGUCUUCUGGCAAUCUUGAGGACCUUGAUACAGAUACAAUUGAAGCAGGCGAUGAUAUUCCGAUUGAUAAUAGCAAUGCCGAAGACGAACUCGAGUUGGGUGAUGGAACCUCAUCGGAAUACAAUGACAAACAACCAGAAACAUUCGCUGCACCAAAACCCAGAUGCCAACAAAAGAAAAAGGCUUCAAAACCAGCAUCUGAGGUGGAUGACGCCAUAGUUUCUUACAUCAAAAGCAAGAAUGAAAAGAAGCCAAAACAACCGGAUGAGGAUGAAAAUAUUUCUGACUUUAUGAAAUCAAUGAUUGCGAGUAUCAAAAAGUUUCCGCCACAAAUUAGAUCCAGCAUCAUGUUCAAAAUUCAUGGUUUAGUGCAUGAGGCCGAAAUGCAUGUAAUCUACGGGAGCAGUGGCAACCAAGCAUCCCAGCAUAUCCAGGGUAACCCAUCCACCUCGACCGGCUUCUCCAAUGUUGGUUCGUGCAUGGGUAUGGGCCAGAUGCAACAACAAUCAAGCAAUUCGACAAAUUGGAAUGCUCCAAAUUUAAUGUAACUUCCAGAAAUGUUUGUAUGGAACAACAAUUGAUUAAAAAUUUGAUGAAAAUUACU